AGUCUGCAUAUGUUCUUCGCGCCUUGCGUAACCUCACCUUUCGACCCGGCCCAAUGAUGUUUGCUCGACCGGAGAAUUGUCACAGCAACAAUGGUACCGACACAUUUUGCGGCGUCAAGAAUGUGAAUGAUGUCGAAUUUGACGUGCGAUUCGACUCCUGGUCCUGUCAACUGUGCCUCAUCGUCAGAUCCAUCAUGUUGUAUAAGUAUCUGCUUGUUGCCGACAUCAUGAUCGUCUCGACUUCAUUCCCUCCUCCUCCUCACUAUCACCACCAGUACUCGCUACGAUAAUACACGAAAUGGCCUACAAACUGCUCGCCUUGGCCAUGCUUGUCUACGAGACGUUAGCUUUCGCACGGUCCUCAGCUGGUGCGCCAUUCAUUGGCUCCAACACAGCCUUCAAUCAGUCGGAUCGCAACGCAAACCACUCCAACACCGUCAGCUUCAAGCACCGCGACCUCGGUACCUGGAACUGGACCGUUCGCGUCAGUGACAUCCCCGCCCCAAAUUUGCCAGGGGAGUCCGCGGACGCUCACAGAGCCUACACGACUUAUUCGUUCUCGUGGCCGACCAACGGCACCCUGUCCGACGCCAUCCAAGCCGAGGAGCGACAUGAUCCAUCGCGGGCCCGGAACGACUCGUGCGUGCUCCUGUUCAGCCGAUUGUCCCCGCCGGAUCUGAACGCCAAAUACGACAAUGCCAGCUCGAGCUGCACCGGCUACCUUGGCGAGGAAUGCGAGAAGGCCAUCUAUGGGGUCCUCGACGAUGUCAACACGGACUGCACCAAGCUCGGUCCCAUCUCCGACAAAUUCUGGCAUACUUGCAACGCCACUCUGCUGAGGCAUCUUGGCUCGGACAAUGGUUUCUACCCUGCGAAGUUCGGCAACGAGAGCACCAUCCUCCCCGGCGAAGUCUGGGCCUCCGCCACCAGCGACGUCCACCAAGCAGGUAACCGGACGGCAUUCGGCGAAGUCGCCGGCAACGUCCACAUCCUCGGCUUCACCGGCAAGAAGCCUCAAUUGAUCUGCAACCGCGCGUCCAGCAACUUCCCGGUCUUGCCGGACGGCACCGAGGAUGCUUUACAGUUUUCCCCUUCGCCUCCCAAUGCGGCGUCCCAUCCGGCGAUCAGCAUGGCAUUUGUGGCUGCAUUGGCGGGAACGGUUGUUGCCAGCGCGUUUCUUUAGGUCCGGGGUGGAUCUGUCAUGACGGAAUCAAUGUCGUUGGAAUUCUACCUCCGGAGUUUUAGAAAGAUAUAGUCGCGUGUAGAACGUGCCAGAGAAUAGGUUGAUGACUUUUCUUGGCAUCGAAAUGAAUGAGGUCU